GCGAAGCGGAGGCGGCGGCGGAGGAGGAGGACCGGGAGGAGGAGGAGGACCGGGAGGAGGAGGACCCGGAGGACCGGGAGGAUCGGGAGGACCCGGAGGACCGGGAGGAGGACGAGGCUGAGGAGCAGGCGCACGGCCGCCCGGGACGGAGCGCGGCCCGGCCCCCGCCUGGCCCGGCGGCGCGGCGGACAUGGAGUAGCCGCGGCCGGAGCCCCAGCCGCCGCCGCCGUCCCCGCCGGAGCCCGGCCCUCCGCGUCCCCGGCCGCCGGAGCCCGCCGGCGCCAUGAGUGAACAGAGUAUUUGUCAGGCACGCGCGGCUGUGAUGGUUUACGAUGAUGCCAAUAAGAAGUGGGUGCCGGCCGGCGGCUCCACGGGGUUCAGCCGAGUCCACAUCUACCACCACACGGGCAACAACACCUUCCGCGUCGUGGGCAGGAAGAUCCAGGACCACCAGGUGGUGAUUAACUGUGCCAUUCCUAAAGGGUUGAAGUACAAUCAAGCUACACAGACCUUCCACCAGUGGCGAGACGCUAGACAGGUGUACGGUCUCAACUUUGGCAGCAAAGAGGAUGCCAAUGUCUUUGCGAGUGCCAUGAUGCAUGCCUUAGAAGUGUUGAAUUCGCAGGAAGCAGUGUUCUAUUUAGGGCCAACAUUGCCUAGACAGAAUUCACAACUACCUGCCCAAGUGCAAAAUGGCCCGUCCCAAGAAGAAUUGGAAAUUCAAAGGAGGCAACUUCAAGAGCAGCAGCGGCAGAAGGAGCUGGAGCGGGAGAGGCUGGAGCGAGAGAGGAUGGAGAGGGAGAGGUCCGAGCGGGAGCGGCUGGAGAGGGAGCGGCUGGAGCAGGAGCAGCUGGAGAGAGAGAGACAAGAGCGGGAGCGGCAGGAGCGGCUGGACAGGCUGGACCGCGAGCGCCAGGAGCAGCGGGAGCGCCAGGAGCAGCUGGAGAGGGAGCAGCAGCUCGAGUGGGAGCAGCGGGAGCGGAGAGUCACCGCGCCUCCUUCCGACAGCUCCUCCCCGCAUGGCGGGCCACCUCCUCCCGACGGGGCCAGUGGCCAGCCUCCUCCUCCGGCACCUCCUCCUCCGCCCGGGGCCACUCCUGAGUACCCCGGAGUGGCCGCUCCGCCGCCCGCCCCCGCCCCCCCCACCCCGCCCCUGCGCCACCCGGCCGCCACCCGCUUCGCCACCUCCCUUGGGUCCGCCUUCCACCCCGUCCUGCCCCACUACGCCACGGCCCCGCGCCCCCUGGGCAAACACGCGCAGCCUUCCUCUCCCGGGGGCGGCUCCCCCUCCUCCUCUCAGCCCCCGGCCGCCCCCGCCAAGCCCUGUGGCUGGUCCGCGUCCAGCUUCUCGCCCCUGCCCCCGUCCCCCCCGGUCAUGAUCAGCAGCCCCCCGGGCCGAGCGGCCGGUCCCCGGCCCGUCCUCCCCGGGUGCCUGUCCUCGCCGAUGCCCCCGUCCCCGACGGACCCGGCCCCCCGCCCCGCGUCCCCGCCGCCUGCCCCGGGGCCAGUGCCUCCGCCGCCCCUCCUGGCUCCGCUGUCACUCUGCGGACCGCCCGCCUCGCCGCCGCCGCCGCCUCCGAGCGCCCCUGUCGCCUCGCCCCCCUCGUCCAAGCCUAGCGUUCUCCCUUCUCCCUCUGCAGCUGCCCCCGCCUCUGCGGAGACCCCUCUAAACUCUGUGCUGGGAGACUCCUCUGCUUCUGAGCAGCGAGGCUUGCAGACAGCCUCUCAGCCGGCCGAGACGCCAGCCCCACCGGGCAUUGUCUUGGGACCACCUGCACCCCCACCCCCUCCUCCACUCCCCCCAGGGCCUGCCCAGGCUCCAGGGGCGCUGCCUCCUCCCCCCGGACCGCCCCCUCCUCCUCCACUGCCAGCCUCGGGGCCUCCGCCUCCCCCUCCGCCACCCCCUCUCCCCAACCAGGCGCCCCCUCCUCCCCCGCCGCCCGCCCCGCCGCUCCCCGCGGCUGGAUUCUUUGCGGGAUCCGUGUCCUCCGAAGACAAUCGCCCGCUGACGGGACUGGCAGCGGCCAUCGCUGGAGCAAAGCUUAGGAAAGUGUCACGGAUGGAGGACGCCUCUUUCCCGAGUGGGGGCAGUGCCGUCGGCGUGAAUUCGGCCUCAUCCAAAGCGGACGCAGGGCGUGGGAACGGACCCCUCCCUCUGGGGGGCAGCGGUUUAAUGGAGGAAAUGAGUGCCCUGCUGGCCAGGAGGAGGAGGAUUGCCGAAAAGGGAUCAACCAUAGAAGCAGAACAAAAAGAGGACAAAAGUGAGGAUGCAGAGCCCGUCAUUGCUAAAGCCUCUUCCACAAGUACACCUGAACCAACAAGGAAACCUUGGGAGAGAACCAAUACCAUGAACGGGAGCAAGUCCCCUGUGAUAUCCAGACCAAAAUCCGCACCCUCGUCCCAGCCCAGUGCCAACGGAGUCCAGACCGAGGGGAUAGACUACGACCGGCUGAAGCAGGACAUUUUAGAUGAAAUGAGGAAAGAAUUAACCAAGCUAAAAGAGGAGCUCAUUGAUGCAAUCAGGCAGGAACUGAGCAAGUCCCACACCGCAUAGAGACGCAGCCCGAGGAGAGGAGAGGACUUCCAUCCGGAGGGGGGACACGCGCCACCCACAGCAGCUGCUGACCACACACCUUCCUCCGUGAGAAGGAGGCGGCGGAGACGGUCGGAAGGGAAGGCAAGGGGGGAAGAAAAAACCCCCAGACCUACUCUGGACGCCUCCAGACAGGGUCCCUCCGGCGCCACGCUGUUCCUCUCCCCGUGUGCUGCUUCACUCUGACUCUUUCGACGGGACGGACGGACGGGCCUGGGACGCCCCCGGGGCCAUCGGCACAGAAAACGCAAAGCCCCCGGCAGGCAGGCAGGCAGGCGGGGUCGCCGCGCAGGGAGAUAGUCUCCACGUCAGGAUCGGAUCUCGCGUUCCCACAACCCACAGCUACCACAUCAAGAGCGAGGCUUGCGAAGUUGUUUUUGUUUUUUUGCUUUUUUUUUUUUUGCUCAGAGUUUCUGACGAAGAAUCCGGCAGGUCAUGCUAUUGUACGUGUUUCUCUCAGGUUCGUCUUCCCAUCAUCCUAGCCCCCCACCAUCCCCCGCGAAUGUCGGGGAGUGAGCCCCCCCCCCCCGUGGAGGGAAUCACCCUCCGGUGUGGGGGCAGACCGAAACGGGGUGAUGUUUCCACGGAAGCGCCCUCCAAACCGCUCAUCCCGGCCGGAGGAAUGUUCUAGAAUGGUGGGAAGCCUCUCUCGAGCUAGCCUUCACGCAGUUUUGUAGAUUUCGAAAAGAACCCCACGAUUCGCCCAGAAUUGGAAAGACGCAGAUGCCUUCUUCAAUCGUUAACGAUGCUUUACCAAAUCGAUGGAUGCAGCCGUCACGUGUGUCACGGACGUAUCGUAGAUCUCCCGUAGGUUUGCGACCGCCUUUUGUAGACUGACUUCUGCAUGCGGACGUUUUUAUAAUGUCCCGACAAACCACCACCCAACGAGCUUUUUCUAAAAAAAAAACAAACACAAAAAACAAAACACGGCCCCAGACAC